UUUUCAUGUUGCUUGGUGCAUAAUUUAGAGCAGACGAGAAGUUAGAAGCGGUGACUAUUAGAGGCAGAGCUGUAUUGCUAGGUGCUUCCUCUCUUUCUCCUUGUCCGUGUGUGGUAUCAAGGCACCUUCCCUGCCCUUGCCCAGCAGUGCCUGGGGUGGGGGUUCCCAGGUAGAGAGCGUCUGUGUCCCCCGAGGCUGGUGCUCUGGUGGGGUGUGUGUGCGCGCGUUUUUAGGGUGGGGGUUGUGUCUGAAUCAGUUAGGAAGAAUGACUUUGGAGCCCAUAAUGGCGUGCUGCCUAAGCGAGGAAGCCAAGGAAGCCCGACGGAUUAACGACGAGAUCGAGCGGCAGCUGCGCCGGGACAAGCGGGACGCCCGUCGAGAACUGAAACUAUUGCUGCUGGGCACAGGAGAGAGUGGCAAAAGCACGUUCAUCAAACAAAUGAGAAUCAUUCAUGGAUCAGGUUACUCUGAUGAAGACAAAAGGGGCUUUACAAAAUUGGUGUACCAGAAUAUAUUUACAGCAGUGCAGGCCAUGAUCAGAGCCAUGGAUACCCUCAAAAUCCCAUACAAGUAUGAAUAUAAUAAGGCUCAUGCACACUUAGUUCAAGAAGUCGAUGUAGAGAAGGUGUCAACCUUUGAGAACCCUUAUGUAGAUGCAAUAAGAAGUUUAUGGAAUGACCCUGGGAUCCAGGAAUGUUAUGAUAGACGACGAGAAUAUCAGUUAUCAGAUUCAACUAAAUAUUACCUUAAUGACUUGGACCGCAUAGCAGAUUUGGCCUAUCUGCCAACUCAGCAAGAUGUGCUUAGAGUUCGAGUCCCAACAACAGGGAUCAUUGAAUAUCCAUUCGACUUACAAAGCAUCAUUUUCAGAAUGGUGGAUGUAGGAGGCCAAAGAUCAGAAAGAAGAAAAUGGAUACAUUGCUUUGAAAAUGUCACAUCUAUCAUGUACCUAGUGGCUCUUAGUGAAUAUGAUCAAGUACUUGUGGAGUCAGACAAUGAGAAUCGAAUGGAAGAAAGCAAAGCACUUUUUAGGACAAUUAUCACAUAUCCAUGGUUCCAGAAUUCUUCAGUCAUUCUGUUCUUAAAUAAAAAAGAUCUCUUAGAGGAGAAAAUUAUGUACUCCCAUUUAGUUGAUUAUUUCCCAGAGUAUGAUGGACCACAACGGGAUGCACAAGCAGCACGAGAGUUCAUCUUGAAGAUGUUUGUAGACCUGAAUCCAGAUAGUGACAAAAUUAUCUACUCCCACUUCACAUGUGCUACAGACACAGAGAAUAUACGCUUUGUCUUUGCUGCUGUCAAGGACACAAUCCUACAGUUAAACCUAAAGGAGUACAACCUGGUCUAAUUGUGCCUAGGAGGCCCUCCAAGACCACCUUUGCAUGAUUGAAGAUAAACAAGAGGGACUGUAUUAUCUGUGAAAACAAAUUGCAUAAUGUUAAUUUAUUGCCAGCCUGGACUCUGUGAAUGUCCAAAGAAUUUCUAGUUAAUAUUACGAUUUUAUUUAAACUAUAUGGAGGAAAACCAAAAGAUGCUGGAGUACAUUCACAGCACAUUUUCUUAUUUUUUAGGUAAAACCUUGUGACUCAAUGUGUUUUAAAUUCUCGGUAGUACACUCACAAAGGAUAAUAGUUUUUUGCUAUUGAAACAAAAUCAAGCUGGUUUCCUCUUUCCCUGACCUUUUCUCACUCCCCCCUUCCUUAUGUUUUCAAAGGUACAAUGGCUGUUUUCCCAGUACAAUUCCUUGGUAAAAUAUUUUCUGUUGAGUGAUUUGUUCAGGAAAAAUGCUAUCAUCUAAACUGAAGUUAUCACUCAUUCAAAUUUUACAGAACGUACUUUCUCUGAAGGAGCAAAAGUAUUCAUAGUGUGACUUUUAAGUUCUUGAGAUCGGUGUUUUCAUUCUGUCUUCACUUCUGAGGCUAGAAUAUUGGAAUUGCAAAAUAUUAAUGUCUUUCAUAGUUCCGAAAGAUGCAUAGAAAACAGUAAUGAAAUAAUUAAAGACACAAACCUGGGAUGUUCAUGGACUAUUAUAGAAUCUCUUUUUAAUUGCCAUGUGCCAUUAUUUUCUCUUUAUUCACAAAUGUCAAACAAAUGUCAUGGACACUACAUUUUUCCCAGUGGCUACAGCCUGAAACAGUGGGGUGGGGGUGGGGUGGUAGUGUUAUGGUUGUGUGCAUUUUUUCUUAAGUUAGAACUUUUUUAAAAUGUGUUUUUCCACAGUAGAAAAAAAAAUAUUUCUGUUGUAUAAAAUCUUGCCAAAUCUGGCUUUUAAUAAAACCAAUACUUUUGAAGCAUAAGAUACCAAUUGAAAUGCCAAACAGAUGGAUUGGAAACUGACCUGAUUGAAUCAACUGCCAAAUGAGAAAAAAGCAAGGUUCCAGAUCAUAUGUACCUUUUUUUAAGAAAAUGUUCCAUUUUCUAAUGCCAAAAACAACAGUGUGAGUGAAUAUGCUACUAGGUAUACAUGUAGAGAAGACAGUUUAACUCUCUAUGUCAGAGAUGGCAUAAGAUUGCAUACAGUGUUUUCUGUAAUAAUAUCAAAGUACCUUUGUACAGCAUGAAAUUAUUGAUGAGUGAUCACAUUAAGGAACCUUUCUUGAUAAAGUUGUCUCUUAACCAAUUCACAGACAUUUGAUAGGCUUCAUGCAAAAUAGCCUCUUGAUGUUCUUUAGAAAGAUUUAUUAAUGUAAAGGAAACAGUGAAAAAUCACUCUUGAAGUUUAAAUGUGCAAAUUUUUAAGGACAAAACUGUAGCACACCCUGAUGAGCAGUUUAGGUUGAAAGGUGGUUUUCUGACCAGAUGCAUGAUCGCUAGCAAGCUACAGAGAAUUCAGAGGUCAGACAUAAUUGGAUUGAUUAUUUACAAUGCCAAGUAACACUAGAAUGCACUUAGCACAGAAAUUAUUGCCUUUCAGCAGCAGAGGAGAGGAAAAAAAUGAAUGACUUACUAGUUGAGUAACAAAGUUAACAAUAAAUACUAAUGAGAUGUUUUACAUCCUUAACCCUCCCAACACCAAAACAAUAAUAUGAACAAUUGCUAUUUUUUGCUUCCUCAUAAAACACCUUAACUGAAAACUGUGGGUAUAGUGCAAUUAUGAAUGCUAUAAUCAUUGUUGUCCUGGGAUCAGCAGUAGCAGUCAUUUUUCUCUUCCUUAGUAGCUGGUGCAGUGCUGUGGUUUUGACUUUCAGCCUCGGAACAGUGCUGAUAACACCGAUGUUUUUAGCUGUUGCUAAGUAAUGUUUACUCCGACCAAGGACUUUCUGAGUCUCAUGCUCUGCCAGGGAGAAGGGGAAGCCGGGAGGAAGCAGAGACAGGACACCUGACCCAAACUAGCCAAAGGGGUGUUCCAUACCACAGCGCAUCAUGCCCAGGAUAUAAACUGGGGGGAGUUACCCGGAAGGCCCAGAUCUCUGCUCCGGUCGAGCUGGGUAUUAUCAAUCGGCGGGUGGUGAGCAGUUGUAUUCUCUUCCCUUAUUAUUCCCCUUAUCAUUAAUAUUGUUGCUGGUAGCAGUAGUACUUUCAUAUUAUACCUUAGUUACUGGACUGGUCUUAUCUCAACCCGUGGGAGUUACAUUCUUUCGAUUCUCCUCCCCAUCCCUCCGGGAGUGGGGGGAGGAAGAAGUGAGGGGAAGUGAGCGAGCAGCUGCGUGGUUCUGAGUUACCG